AUGAGUGGUAAAUUUGUUAGAGCUUCUAAAUAUCGUCAUGUGUUUGGUCAUUCAACAAAGAAAGAAUUAUGUUAUGAAAAUUUAAAAAUCACCAAGAAUGCGUGGGAUUCAAAUAUAAUCCAAACAAAUGGUAAAUAUAUUUCAGUUAAUUGGGAUUCUUCUGGCGGUGGUGCUUUUGCUAUUAUUUCAAUUGAUGAGGUCGGUAAAGCUCCUGAUCAAGUUUCAUUAUUUAGAGGUCAUAAAGGUCCUGUAUUAGAUACAUCAUUCAAUCCAUUUAAUAAACAACAAAUUGCGAGUUGCUCAGAUGAUGGUAAGAUCCUAAUUUGGGAAAUCCCAGAGAACUAUUCUUUCCACAAUUAUGUUGAUGAAAAUGACGAAAUUAUAGAUAUUACUCAACCUAUUAAAAUUUUAUCUGGUCAUACUCGUAAAGUUGGGCUUAUUGAAUUCCAUCCAUGUGCUGAAAAUGUAUUGGCAAGUUCAUCGUUAGAUUAUACUGUUAAAAUUUGGAAUUUAUCGACUGGAAAAGAUGAAAUCACUUUACAACAUAAAGAUUUAGUUACUUCAUUUGCUUUUAAUUAUAAUGGUUCUUUAUUAGCUACUUGUUCAAGAGACAAAAAAUUAAGAAUUUGGGAUAUUAGAUCUGGCAAAAUCAUAUCUGAAGGUCAAGGUCAUACUGGUGCCAAACAAAGUAGAAUAACUUGGUUAGGAAAUACAAAUAGAAUUAUAACUACCGGAUUUUCAAGAUUAUCAGAUAGACAAAUUGGAAUUUGGGAUAUUGAAAAUAUUGAAAAGGGUCCAAUUGAUGGAUUUUUAGUAGUUGAUGCUUCUUCAGGUGUUUUAGUCCCUUAUUUUGAUGUUGAAACUUCAAUUUUAUAUAUUGCCGGGAAGGGAGAUGGGAAUAUUAGAUAUUAUGAAUAUGAAAAUGAUAAUUUAUAUGAAUUAUCACAAUAUUCUUCAACUGAUCCACAAAGAGGUUUCGCAGUUGCACCAAAAUAUAGUGUAAAUGUUAAAGAAAAUGAAAUUACAAAAUGUUUUAAAACUGUAUUGGAUAAUUCAAUUGAACCAAUUUCAUUUAUAGUUCCAAGAAGAAGUGAAUUAUUUCAAUCGGAUAUAUAUCCUGAUUGUCCAAGUACAAAAGCUGCAUUAAGUGCUGAUGAAUGGUUUGGAGGUAAAGAUGUUAAUGGACCAUUGUUAAUUUCAAUGGAGGCAUUAUUUGAAGGUAAAGAAUCUGAAAUUAAAGAAAGUAAGCCUGCAGUAAAUGUAUCUGAAGUUAAGAAACAAGUUGAAGAGAAAAAGAAAGAAGAACAAAAGGAAAAAGAGGAAAUAAAGAAAACAGAAACAAAAAAAGAACAAUCUAAAAAGGAGGAAACUAAGAAGGAGGAGUCAAAAAAUCCUGGUGUUCCAGGUAAGAAUGUUGAUGAUUUAUUAACUUCUUCAAAUGAAGUUGGUGAGUUUUUAAAUAAAGCUAAUGAACAAACUGAUGAAGAAGAUAAUAAUGAAGAAGAAGAAGAUGAUAAAAGUGAUGAAUGGGAAGAAGUUAAAAAAUCAGAAGUAAAAGAAAUGAAACCAGAAGAAGCUAAACCAGAACCAAAGAAAGAAAAACCAAACGAAGAACCUAAAGAACAAAAGAAAGAAGAAGUUAAUAAUGAAGAACCAAAAGAAGCAUCUAAAGAACAAAAGAAAGAAGAAGUUGAAAAAGAAGAACCAAAAGAAGAAUCUAAAGAACAAAAGAAAGAAGAAGUUAAAAAAGAAGAACCAAAAGAAGAGCCUAAAGAACAAAAGAAAGAAGAAGUCAUAAAAGAAGAACCAAAAGAAGAACCUAAGGAACAAAAGAAAGAAGUUAAAAAAGAAGAACCAAAAUCAACAACAACUACUACUUCAGAACCAUCAAAACCAAAACCAACAUUAGUCUCAACAGUAGAAAAACUAGCAUCAUUAGUAGAUAACUUAGAAUCACAAAUUCAAAAACUUACCAACGCAGGAUUAGAAAAAGAUGAAAAAUUAAGCAAAUUAGAAUCAAAACUCGAAGAACUCCUCAAUAAAUAA